GCAGUCACAAGGUUAGUCAUGACUUUUCAGAAGCCGACCUGGUUUCUGUGCUUGGAGUUGAUUUUCCUAGGAAACCAAAUUCCUGGUGCUGCACUAAGGGGAGGUGAGGAGGGAAGGAAAGGAAACCAGUGCUGGGUUGCUGGUUGAGCCCCUGGAACUUCACAGACAGGGAUCCCCAGGUGUUUCAUUUGGUUUCUCAGUGUUUAAUUUGAUGAAUGCCAUCAUGGGAAGUGGCAUCCUUGGCUUAGCUUAUGUUAUGGCUCACACUGGCAUUCUUGGAUUUAGUUUGUUGCUGCUGAUGGUUGCUCUGCUGGCUUCUUACUCAGUUCAUCUCCUGCUUAGUAUGUGUAUUCAGACUGCUGUGACGUCUUAUGAAGAUCUUGGACUUUUUGCAUUUGGAUUACCUGGAAAGGUGGUGGUGGCAGGCACUAUAAUAAUUCAGAAUAUUGGCGCCAUGUCAUCUUAUCUUUUAAUUAUUAAAACAGAGCUUCCUGCAGCUAUUUCAGAAUUUUUGUCUGGAGACCAUAGUGGGUCUUGGUAUCUUGAUGGUGAAACACUACUAAUAAUCAUUUGUGUGGGCAUUGUGUUCCCUCUUGCACUUCUUCCUAAAAUAGGCUUUCUGGGCUACACAAGUAGUUUAUCAUUUUUCUUUAUGGUGUUCUUUGCUAUUGUGAUAAUAAUUAAAAAAUGGUCCAUCCCCUGUCCUCUGACAUUAAAUUACAUAGAGCGAUAUUUCCAGAUUUCAAAUGCUACAGAUGAUUGUAAACCAAAGCUCUUUCAUUUCUCCAAAGAGAGUGCUUAUGCCAUACCAACCAUGGCUUUUUCAUUUCUCUGCCACACCUCAAUAUUGCCCAUAUAUUGUGAACUUCAAAGCCCUUCAAAGAAAAGAAUGCAGAAUGUAACCAAUACAGCAAUUGCUUUAAGUUUUCUCAUUUAUUUUAUAUCUGCACUCUUUGGGUACCUUACUUUUUAUGACAAUGUGGCGUCAGAAUUACUACAAGGUUAUAGUAAAUACUUGCCACAUGAUGUUGUUGUCAUGACUGUGAAGUUAUGCAUACUAUUUGCUGUGCUUUUGACAGUCCCUCUAAUCCACUUCCCUGCGAGGAAAGCAUUAAUGAUGAUAUUUUUCUCCAAUUUUCCAUUCUCAUGGAUUCGCCAUUUUUUAAUCACUCUAGCCCUCAAUAUUAUCAUUGUUCUACUUGCAAUAUAUGUUCCUGACAUUAGGAAUGUAUUUGGUGUAAUUGGUUCCAGUACAUCAACGUGUUUGAUUUUUGUGUUCCCGGGGCUAUUUUAUCUUAGACUGAGCAGAGAGGAUUUUCUCUCAUGGAAAAAGUUGGGGGCAUUUGUUUUGCUCAUCUUUGGUAUUUUGGUUGGUAAUUUCAGUUUAGCACUUGUUAUUUUUAAUUGGAUUAAUAAAUGACAAAUAUUUUCCUACUUCCAAAGAAUAAUUUACUUCCAUAUACAAAAGAGAAAUAUUCUGGAAGGCACCUUGGAUGAAUCCUCUUUAUAUGGAUUAACAUUUUUGCAAAGAUUGACAAGAAAAGAACAACAAAAGGGAAAGUAGACAUAGUGGUCUUAAUCAAAAUAAGAAACAAUCUCAAAAUGCUCUUAAAUAUGUUGAACAUCUUUUGUUUUUGGGUUUCUUGUUUUGUCUUUUUGAAUUAAUAGCUUUUAUUUUACAGUGUAGUUUUAAUGUUUACAGAAAUAAUUGAGCAGAAAGUACAGAGUUCUCACAUAUCCCUUCAUUCCCAGCACACCCUUAGUUUCCUGUAUUACUAACAUCUUGCAUUGGUGAGAUGCAUUUGGUACACUUGAUGAGCCAGUAUUGAUACAUUAUUAUUAACUUAAGUUCAUAGUAUACAUUAGGAUUUACUUUUGAUACAAGCAUUGGCAACCACUGAUCUUUUUUCUAGCUCCUAAACACCAUGAGCCUUUCCCUCUGAGUCUUUUCUGAAAUGUCAUUGGGUGGACUUAUAUUGUAUCUCACCUUUCAAAGUGGCUUCUUUCACUUAGCAAUAUGCAUUUAAGUUUCUUCCAUGUCUUCUCAUAGCAUGAGAGCUAUUUUUUUUUUACCACUGGUAAUAUUCCAUUGUGUGGAUGUCCCAGUUUAUUUUUCCAUCACCCGCUAAAUGACCCCUUUUUUGCUUCCAAAUUUCAGUAUUCAUGAGUAAAGCUGCUACAAACACUUGUAUGCAGAGUUUUGUGUGGACAUAAGUUUUCAGCUUAUUUAUGUUAAUACUAAAGAUCAUAAUUCCCACUUCAUAUGGAAGAAAAUUUAGUCUUGUAAGAAACUGCCCCGCUGCCUUCCAAAGUGGCUGUAACUUUCUGCAGUCCUGCCAGCAGUAUAUGAGAGUUCCCCUUGUUCCACCUCCUCGUCAGCAUUUUGUAUUGCCAGUGUUUUAGAUUUUCACCAUUCUAAUGGAUGUGUAGUUUUAUCUCAUUGUUUUAAUUUGCGUUUCCCUAAUGACAUAUGAUGUUGAACAUAUUUUUAUGUGCCUACUUAUCAUCCGUAUAUUUUCUUAGGGCAGGUUCAGAUUUUUUUUCAUUGGAUUGUUUUCUUAUUGUUGAGUUUUAAGCAUUCUUUGUAUAUUCUAGAUACUCAUUGUUUAUCAGAUAUGUGUUUUGCAAAGAUUUUUGUCCCAAUUUGUGGCUUGCCUUAUCAUUCUCUUCAAAGCAUCUUUCACAGAGAAGUUUUUGAUGUUAUUAAAUAUAUUGAGUCGUGUUUUAUUUCUUUUUUAAAAAUCAA